GUCAUGCUACCUUCAGGUGUGCUGUGAUUGAACCAGGGCUGCAGCUCCUUCCAUUGGUUCAUUAACCAAACCACAAACCAGCUGGAACAUAAACUCUUACUUUGAAGAGUCAGCAGUGACGUAGCUUCCGGGAGGAUCACCUGUCUGCAGGUCCAAUGCAUGCAGCGAUGCUGCUGCAUCCUCGGCUCCGCUCCGCAGGUAAACAGAAGCAGCUUCCUUCAUUUUGCAUCAAGCAGCGCUGAACAGUGAUUGCGCUCUUGAACACACCCCGCUCAGCCCCUGAUGUUGCUGAGGGGGAGUCAUGGCUGCUCCACAGCCUUCUCCUCCAUCUUCCCUGGAAAGCAACAAGCCGGGCUUCCCGAAGCAGAUCCUGGCCAACAUCCUGGAGGACAAACAUCUGUGCAACUCCUGCGAGAAGGUCCUGCGGAGGCCCCUGCAGGCCCGCUGCGGCCACCGCUUCUGCUGCUUCUGCUUCAACAAGCUGCUCAGCUCCGGACCACAGAAAUGCACUUCAUGCAUCAAAGAAGACUUGUUUGAGGAGCCGACCUCCAUCCUGCAGCAAGGAGGCGCGUUCCCAGACAACGCCGCUCGCAGAGAGGUGGAGGCUCUGGCUGCAGUUUGUCCAAACGAAGGAUGCUCCUGGACCGGGACUGUCAAAGACUUUGAGGCCAACCAUGAGGGCAGCUGUGACUUCAUCAUCAUCAUGUGUCCGUCAUGUAAGGAGCUGAUGAGGGCCAAUGAACAGGAGCGCCACAAUGAGAGGGAGUGUCCAGAGAGGACGCUGAACUGCAAAUACUGCAAAGAACCGUUCCUGCUCAAGAACAUCAAGGCUCACGAUGAAAUCUGUCCCAAGUACCCGAUGAUCUGCGAGGGCUGUGCCAAGAAAAAGAUUCCUCGUGAAAAGUAUGUGGACCAUAUUAAGUUCUGCAGUAAAUUUAAAACGCCGUGCAGAUUUCAUGUUGUUGGCUGCGAUACGUCUGUGGAAAAGGAGAAGAUCCAUGACCAUGAGCAGCAGUGUUCCUAUGAACACCUCAACCUGUUACUGCAUUUCAUCAUGGGGAUCAAAGUGAGUCUGGAAAGCCUACAACCUCAGAUCCUGGAGCUGGCAAGCCAGAAGUUGCAGGUGCUCCACCAGUCCCUCAGAGAGCUGGAGAUGAAGAUGAGCCAACUCAGCGGUGGCGGCCCCGCCCCCAUGCAGGGUGCAUGCGCUCUCACCCUGGCCACAUCCUUUACCCCACUUCCCAGCGCCAUGGGGGCCGCCCUGGAGCUACAGUUGCAGAGCGAAAAGACCAAAGUGGCGGAGCUGAGCCGACGUUGCCAAGAGCUGGAGCUGAAGGUAAACACAUUUGAGAACAUCGUCUGCGUCCUGAACCGAGAGAUCGAGCGCUCCUGUGCCACCAUGGAGGCCUACAACCGCCAGCACAGACUGGACCAGGACAAGAUAGAGAUUUUAAACAACAAGGUCCGUCAGCUGGAGAGGACAGUAAGCCUGAGGGACCUGUCCAUCGUGGAGAUGGAGGGGAAGAUGAGGGAGAUGUCUGCAGCUACCUACGAUGGCAUCUUUAUCUGGAAGAUCUCUGAUUCCACCAAGAAGAGGCAGGACGCCGUGGCGGGCCGUGCUCCUGCCAUGUUCUCUCCUGCGUUUUAUACGAGUAAAUACGGCUAUAAGAUGUGUUUACGGAUCUACCUGAACGGCGACGGAACAGGCCGGGGGACGCACCUGUCUCUGUUCUUUGUGGUGAUGAGAGGACACAGCGACGCUCUCCUUAAGUGGCCUUUCAACCAAAAGGUGACUCUCAUGCUGCUGGACCAGAACAACCGGGAACACAUAAUCGAUGCUUUCCGGCCCGACGUCUCGUCCUCGUCCUUCCAGAGACCCGUCAGUGACAUGAACAUCGCCAGCGGCUGUCCGCUCUUCUGUCCUCUGUCCAAGCUGGACUCUAAAAACUCCUAUAUACGUGAUGACAACAUCUUUAUUAAGGCCAUCGUAGACCUCACUGGGCUCUAGAGAAAACAACCUGGCAGCAGAAAAAUCACUUUUUGUUCAAACUAAACCGGCUGCUGGUGAUCAGUAGCUGCUGUUUCUCUGCCGUCUUUGGGAUCCAUUGUUUACAGUAUGCAAGAUAGCAGUUUUCUUUCUUUGUUGAAAGUUUGUUCAGUCGUCAGAUCAGCUUUUAUGCAUCAAACUGUGACUAUUCACCAAAGUGACUGGAGAGGUGAACAAACCUUAAACAGCGUUUUUACUAACCAAUGCAUUCCAACAACUUUGUAGCAUAAUAUGUGUGAAACCUCAGAGCUGUGACUGUCUUUGGUCUCUAUGCCCAGCAUCCCAGCUUCUGGUGCUAUAGAAGGGGUUUGAAAGUCUCCCUGUAGCCACUAGAUGUUUUUACAAGAUAAACCCCAGAAAGGUUUAACCUACUAACCACUGUAGUAACUAACAGACCUGCGAGUCCCUUCAAAUAACCAGCUUCUUUACUGACAAUUUCUCUGUCGUAUGGGAUUCUUCCACCAUUUAGCUGCAAGCUUUGAUAUUUUUCAUCUUUUUCAACGGUUUCCUUCUAUGGUAACCAUCUGGUUCUAUUUCAUCCCUACUGACCACCAGAGGGCAGUGCUGAAAGCACUGAAUGUUCCCUUCAGGCAUGUGCAGUUCGAGUAAUUAUCCCAACAGUCACACCUGUGAUGCCGGAUGACCAAUCAGAAGCUAUAUAACCUGGUGUCAUCCAUGGCUCUGUUCCCUUUUUCGUCUCGCAAGCGGUACGCUAGCUUCCCCGUUGUUUGAUGCCCCAUGCUCUUGCUGACUGGAGGUUUUUCUUCUCCCUCCCAGGGCUGCCACAGAUCGAUUCUACUAGAAGAUUACGGAAGGUAAGUUUGUUUGUUUGCUGGCGACGGUAGCGUCCGUGCCCCCUCUCCCAGCUCACGGCUUCUUGUUACCAUUUUACCUACAACUUGGUGCUGUUUUGGUUGACAACUGGUGAUAACAGCGAUUUCACCCCCUCUCCCAAUAUCAACCCUACUUUUGCAGCUGUAAUAAUUGGUUAGGGUAGCGGUUUUCUCCCCCUCUCCCAAGUGUGAUCAACUUUGCUUGCCGAAGUUUGGAUAAGGCUAACGUUGUUAGCUUUUUUGGUUUGUUGGUUUUAUACCUGGUGACGGUAGCGUUUUUCGCCCCUACUCCCAACUUACAUUACCAAAGUUUGGAUACGGCUAAUGUUAGCUUUUUUGGUUGGUUGGUUUUAUACCUGGUGAUGGUAGCGGUUUUUGGCCCCUCCCCCAGUAUCAGCUUGCUUGUGCUUUGAGCCUCUUUUAUUUCCCUGCUGUAACUGGUGGUGGCUGCGUUUGCGCCCCCUCUCCCGAUUUUAGACAUUUUGUUUCUUUUUCGGGCCGAGCCCUGUCGACCUUUGACAUGGAUGGCUCCCACAGCUGCAUGGAUUGUGGGGCUGCCCUGCAGGCAGAGGUAGGCCACAACUUUUGCCCUACCUGCCUUGGACAUGAGCACCUUUUGAAAGAGCUAUCUGAGAAUUAUUUAUGCCACAUGCAGUGAGGGUGGCUCGGUUGGCCCAGUCGUGCCCCCAGGAGGGCUCAGACCUUCUGCCCUGUGGGCAGGUAGUUCCCCCCAAGCAUUCUAAGCGCUGUGGUUGGACUACGGCAUCCAAGCCCCUCCUCCGAGGAAUGGCCAAACUUGAAAUGAAGUCCUUGUUACAGACACAUUAAUCUGAUGGCUCGCUUCUGGUGGCUAGGUUCUCUUCCCCACCCAUGCCCAAACUGGUUGUGGAGUAUGAUGUCAUAUAUCUAGCUGCUUCUGCUUCUCAUUUUAGAGAUGAGGAGACGGCUAGGUCCUCUCAGGUCUCUGAGACUGGUUCAUUUUCAUCUCAGAUUGUGGUUGGAGGGGCCGGUGACAGUUCUAUGUGGGAGGUUAUGUUCAUGGCCCUAAGCAGCUGCAGCUGGAACUCCCACAGGUAGAGGUAUCCAACUCCAGGAGUGCUUUUUUUCAGGUGUGGAAGGGCUCCUACUCCCUUUUCUGUACCUCCAUCAGAGGAGUACCUGAAGGAGUUGCACACAUGUUGGCGGGAACCGUGAGCAUUGUCACGUCUCUCCUCAGAUGUCGCAUGUUAGUUACCAUGCACAACUCGGUGAAGGCAGGCCUGGACUGUUUGCCAGCAACUGAUUGUGUUACUGAUUGUGUCACCAGAUGAAGCCCUGCUUCCUGAUAUCCUGUGCCCGCGGACUCGAUGUCAGGCUACAGAUGACCUCUUGUGUAAGGUGUACAAUGCACCUGAGCGUGUGCUGGCCAACUUGGCAACUCUCUGGCACACCUCAUGUUCGCCCUCUCUGCAUCUGUUCCGGAUGCUGGUGGUGCAAGUGUGGCAUCUGAUGCAGUGAUGCAGCGCUGCAGGCGUUUGCCCUUAUGAGUAGAGAGCUUGGCCGGGUCAUGUCUUUCCUUGUCCAAGCUAGUAGACAGGUCUGGCUGGCACAGUCUCCUCUGACCAAAGCAUGCCGUAGGACCCUCAGGGAUGUCCCGGUCUUACCAGGGGAGCUGUUUUGAUCAUCUGUCUUGGAGGCGCUGGAGCGGACUGUUCAGGCACAUCAGACUAGCCAGCAGCUUUCUGGCAUCAGAGACCGAGUAGGGACUUUCGUGAACCAGUCUGCCACUCAGUUAGACAGACCCGGGCCUCAGAUCCUGGACGCCCUUCCCCCAGGGUCCGGGGGGAUAGAAGAUGAUGCCACCGGGCCAGCCGUCUGACGUUUUUCCCAUCAGCAGCUGAUUUCCUGGGCUGUUGUUACUGUAGAUCCAUGGGUGGUUGCAAACUUAACCAAGGGCUACAGUCUCCAGUUCCGAC